AUGACGAAUUUUAUUUCAAAAGACCUAAUUGGGACUUUUUUCCCUGAUCCUCAAAUGCGGCAACUCUACGCAUCUGCCCAAGUUAUCCAUACCUUAAUAGCGAAAGAGACAAUUUUUCAUUUAAUAGCUUAUAUCUCCAAUUAUCUCAAAACUCAAGGCACAUUGCAAAGCUUAAAAGUCGGCAUAAUCGGCCUAGGCCAUAUAGGCACGUCAAUUCUUGAAGAAAUCCUGCAUCUGCAAAUCUUAUCCCCAGAACAAGUUUUGGUAUCAACGCGAACCCCUGAUAAACAUCGAAAAUUCAUAGAGCAAGGGCUAAGAGUUAUAUGAGAUAACGAGCAGGUCGCUAAAGAAUGCGAUUUUAUUAUUUUAGCCUGCUUACCUCACCAAAUAGAUUCAGUUUGCUCGUCAAUUCGCAGCAUUUUGUCUAACAAAAACAAAGGGAUUUUUACGUUUACGGAAGAAGAAAAAAAUCCUUCAACGAUGAUUUUUUCUAUUCUUGCUGCAACACCUAUAGCGAAGGUAAAGCAGCUUACAGACAAUUAUCCCUUUAUUUUGAGGUCGUAUAUUGAUGUGGAUUUAAUAAAUAAAAUAAUUGCAAGCUUCCCUGACUCCCCUAUUUAAUAAUGAACAAACAGUCAUUUUGUUUCAUUAAAUUUUUUCCUUACUCCCCGUCCUUUAUAUUGGAAAAAAUGUAGACAGAAUUUUCAUUUUUGGGGUGUUUUAAAUAGGAAGAUUUCAUAGAUGAAAAUCCUAAUUUUUUAUAAAUUAGUUUUGACCUAAUUUAAUGGAAAAAGUACAAGUAGUUAUUUAAACAAUUAUCAAACUGAAUUGAUUAUUUUUUAAUUAAAUCUUCAUUAAAAUAAAUUAAAAUCCAAAAAUAUUUUUUUCAAUUUAUAAUUUUUAAAACUUUUAUAAAAUUGCGAUAUAGAAAAUUUAAUAUAAAUUUUUUUUAAAAAAAAUUAGUCACUAUUUUAAAUUGGACACGAUUUUUUGCUUCAACUUAAAGGGGGAGUUAAUUGAUUUUAACUGCAAUUGCAAAAGCUUAUAAUAUCCAAGUACUUGUAUUAAUUUAUGUAUAUUUUAGCCUGCUUCCUCUUCCUUUAAAAAAAAUUCUUUUAAAAUCCAAAUUAUUUUAUAAAUUUUUUAAAAUAUAUAAAAAAUUUAUAAUUUAUAUCAUAUUAAAUGGGAAUGUUUCAUAAAAAUUAAAAUUAAAAAAAAUAAAUCAAUUAAUAGUGAAAAAAAAAACCUAUGGCUAUUAAAGGGGGAAGUGAAGAAAUUUCACCCUUAAGUAUUUGUAUUGAAAAUUUACCAUCACACUUUGCGAGAACUGCUAAUGAUGUCAGGACCUUUUUCGAGGUUUUUAAUGCAGUGUUUUAUGGAGCUCAAGACAUAAGGGAUGAAAUUAUUGAAUUUUUUUGUGGGGCUGUUACUGAAGAAGGAGAAUAUGUGUCAGCGUUUAAUAAUAGAUUUAAAGAGAUAAUGAAAGAAUUUGGUUCCAUUUAA